AUGCGGCCGCCGACGGGACGUCGUCGCGAGGCGCCGAAGCAAAUACGUUCCCAGAAAUCCGCAGCAGAUUCCAUCCCGGAGGUGCGGGUCGGUGGUGCACGGGCCUCCUUCGGCCCGUGCGGAGGAACCGAACCGGCCGCUGGAAACGACGAGCAUCCGUCUCGUCUCGAAUCGGUCCAGCUUGUUCAAGUUGUGGUUCGCCGUGAGACGCUGCAUGAGCACUCGUUACUACUCGCGCUGUCAGAUUUGCAGUAUUCUUUACUGGGAGAGCUCAAAGAUCGCUUAAAACCUACACGAUCUGACUCAUUACGACCCUUAUCAGUACAUCCUCCCUGGCAAUUGAUAUCAACCAGCCCUCUCUCCCAAAUCACCGCUCACUUUAGCACAUUGUGA